AUGAAGUUCCUUAAUGCGCCGCUACUUUUUCUUAGUUGCUCUAGCGUAGCUCUCGGGAGUUCAUUCACAAGAUCUCGAGGAUUCCACUCUACGAAAAGGGACAACAGCACAAAUGCAGGCUCUAUGCUUCAACUAAGCUCCGACGCGGACUUCCACUUCGAAAUUCUUCGGGCCUUAGCACUUGCGCCGUACCAGGGCAGCGACAUAGGAGAGGUACUAGUCGCCGCGAACCAGAUCUCCGCAGGAGACUUCGAAAGCUACUCGACCGCAUUCAACGACCUCGCCGACCGAGUCCACGACAGCGCGAAUGCGAUAGACACGAAAUCAUAUCCCGUAUCGGCGAGGAACGCGUUCUUUCGAGAAGCGACUUACUAUCGGUCAGCAGACUUCUACCUCCAUGGCAAUUGGAACGAUUCCCGAAUCUACUCGCUAUGGGACAAGCAGCUCUCAGCCUUUGACUCGGCGGUCGCGUUGCUACCGACGCCCGGGGAGCGCAUCACGCUCCAAGGCAAGGGCUUCAAGAUCCCCGCUAUCUUCUUCGGCAGUGGGUUGCCAGGCCCCCGGCCUACGCUCCUCAUGUGCAACGGCUUCGACGGAUCGCAGGAGGAGAUGUACCAUGUUAUAGGCGAAGCGGUCUUGCAGCGCGGCAUGAACGUGAUCACGUUCGAAGGGCCGGGUCAGCCCACGGUGCGGCGGUAUCAAGGGCUUGGCUUUAUUCCCGAGUGGGAGGACGUCGUUACGCCUAUCGUCGACUAUGCCUCCUCGCGGCCCGAAGUCGAUGCUAAGAAGAUAGGGUUAUGGGGACUGUCGUUUGGUGGGUAUCUCGCGCCACGCGCAGCGGCGUUUGAGCACCGUCUCGCCGCCGUCGUCGCCUUCGAUGGAAUCUACUCCUUCGCACAGGGGAUCUCUGAUCAAUUUGGGCCACAGUUAGCCGCCAUAUACGAAACCGGCAACGAGACGUUAUUCAACAAUGUUAUUUCCCAGGUACUCACGAACUCCUCCUUCCCGACGAGUGCUCGUUGGGCUAUUCAGCAGGGGCUAUGGUCUUUCAACACGAAGAGCGCGUUCCAGUGGUAUAAGCAAGUCCAGCAAUACACCCUAGACGGAGUUAUCCAGAAUAUCACCGCUCCCGUCUUCGUUGGCGACGCUCAGGCCGACAUGUUCUUCCCCGGACAGGCGAAGAUGCUGGCGGAAAAGUUGGGUGAUCGCGCUACCUAUUAUCUGUUCAACUCGAUCGACGGGGCAGGGGAGCAUUGUUCGCUCGGCGCGGCGGUGUUGAGUGCUCAGGUUGUUCUAGAUUGGUUCCAGGGAAUCGUCUCCUAA